GCUCUCAGAGCAGCUACGGCCUUCGCUCCAUUUCUCUCGCUUCUUUCAACGGAAUGAAGUGAGAAGCUCUUCUCAUUGCAGCCUUCUCCAGAUCUGGAAUCCGUUUUUUCCUUCUCCGGUGAUUGUUAAGAUAUCCCUUCUUUCGCUCCAGAGGUAAAUCAUGGCUCCGAGAGUGAGUUCUGCAGAAAAUAGGACAAGGAGCUCUGUGUCUAUAUUCAUCAUAGUUGGUCUCUGCUGCUUCUUUUAUAUUUUAGGUGCAUGGCAGAGGAGUGGUUUUGGAAAGGGAGACAGCAUAGCGAUGGAGAUUACUAGGCAGACAAAUUGCAGUAUCCUGUCCAAUUUAAAUUUUGAGACCCAUCAUGAUGGCUCCGCGGAUGUCACUGACAUUCCAGAAUCAAAAGCUGAAGUAUUCCAGCCAUGUGAUUCUAACUAUAUCGACUAUACUCCCUGCCAAGAGCAAAUGCGGGCGAUGAAAUUCCCUCGAGAGAAUAUGAAUUAUAGAGAGAGGCAUUGCCCUCCAGAAGAAGAGAAAUUGCAUUGCCUUAUCCCAGCGCCCAAAGGAUAUGUGACCCCAUUUCCCUGGCCAAAGAGCCGUGAUUAUGUAUUCUAUGCAAAUGCUCCAUACAAGAGUUUGACAGUUGAGAAGGCUGUUCAAAAUUGGGUUCAAUUCGAGGGCAAUGUAUUUAGAUUUCCCGGUGGAGGGACACAGUUCCCUCAAGGGGCAGACGCGUACAUCGACAAACUUGCUUCCGUAAUCCCAAUUGAUAACGGAAUAGUCAGGACUGCGUUGGACACUGGUUGCGGGGUUGCAAGCUGGGGUGCAUACUUGUUGAAAAGGAAUGUACUGGCGAUGUCCUUUGCACCGAAGGACAAUCAUGUGGCACAGGUGCAGUUUGCUUUGGAAAGAGGUGUGCCUGCAGUUAUUGGCGUGCUUGGAACCAUACAGCUUCCAUAUCCAUCUAGAGCCUUUGAUAUGGCUCACUGUUCACGGUGCCUAAUCCCAUGGUCAUUAAAUGAUGGAAUGUACAUGAUGGAAGUAGAUCGGGUUCUAAGGCCUGGUGGAUACUGGAUUCUUUCGGGUCCUCCAAUCAAUUGGAAGAAUAAUUAUCAGGCAUGGGAGCGAACUAAGGAAGACCUCCAGGAGGAGCAAAGGAGGAUUGAAGAGUUUGCCGAACUUCUUUGCUGGGAAAAGAAGUACGAGGGUGAUGAAAUUGCCAUAUGGAGAAAGAGAACUAAUGCUUAUUCUUGUCCUGCUAGACAAGGUGAUUCUAGUGUUGCCAUAUGUGGAGCUGCAGAUGUGGAUGAUGUGUGGUAUAAGAAGAUGAAGAUAUGCAUUACUCCUAUGCCCAAGGUUGACAGGCCAGAAGAAUUUGCAGGAGGCGAGUUGAAGACUUUCCCAGAUCGGCUCAAUGCUGUCCCUCCAAGAAUAGCUUCUGGAUCUAUCCCUGGUGUUUCCAUCGAGUUUUAUCAGGAGGAUAACAGAUUGUGGAGAAAGCAUGUUAAUGCUUACAAGAAGAUCAACAAGUAUAUUGACACCGGAAGGUAUCGCAACAUGAUGGAUAUGAAUGCAGGUUUUGGAGGUUUUGCAGCAGCACUUGAAUCUCCCAAAUCAUGGGUUAUGAAUGUGGUGCCUAAUAUUUCUGAGAAAAAUACACUGGGAGUCAUCUACGAGAGAGGGUUGAUUGGCAUAUAUCAUGACUGGUGUGAAGGUUUCUCCACUUACCCAAGGACGUAUGAUCUUAUUCAUGCCAAUGGGCUUUUCAGCCUUUACCAGAGCAAGUGUAAGCUAGAGGACAUUCUUCUGGAGAUGGACCGAAUUUUGCGACCUGAAGGGGCUGUCAUACUCCGUGAUGGAGUCGAAGUCCUGAUCAAGGUGAACAGGAUCACUGGGGGGAUGAGAUGGAAGACUAAAAUGGUGGAUCAUGAGGAUGGCCCCAUGGUGCCUGAAAAGAUAUUGGUUGCUGUCAAGCAGUAUUGGGUCACCGACGGUAACAGCACGUCUAGCAAAUGAAAUGAGAAUGCAAUUUCAGAGACAUGACUCUAGCAGGCAACGCCACCGAUCUCUUGCGCAUUUUUCACCAGGGAAUUUUCGGCAGGUGGUUUGGACAGAUCUGAAGAGUUCUAAUUUAGUGUUAAAUCAAAGUGGUAUUUUUGUUGUUAUGGAUGCUUAGCCGUAGAUUAUGUUAUUAAUGAUUCUUUAUCCAUCUGUUUGCUGAUAUUCUUGCAAAACAAGGGUCGGGCUGUAGGGCUGUACCUCUCAGAUUUUGAUUUUUGAUUGGACGGUUUGUAAACUAAGGCUUUAAUUGGUUUUCAUCUAAUGAAUAAGUGGAUCUUGGAAUUUGAUUGGUCUUAA